GGAAGACCCGGAGGAGCUGAUUUCCCUGAGGAACGAGCCGUGCGGUCUUGCUGCGCAUGCUCGGAAGGAGCCCGCCUGGGCGUUCCGCAAGGCCGGCUCCCCGGCGGGGUCGCGCGCGCGGUCACGGGGCUCGCUCCUGAGGGGCAGGUCAGGGCUGGGAGCUGGCGCCGGGGUCGGGGUGGCGGCGACUGCCUGGGCCGAGAGGUCGACCCCCGCUGCUGCAGCGGCAAAGGCUGAGGGACCCGCCGCGGCGCUGUCGCCGGAGAGGGAGGGCCCCGCUGCAGUCGGUGAAACCAGCCCAGAGAAGUUACGAGAUUUCCCCCGGGGUCUCCUGCCCAGCAAGCCCGCGCCGUGACCCAGGUGUGGGAGAUGAUGGUGGCGUCUCUCGCUCACGUGUAAAGGACGGAACCGCUGGACUCCAGGUUCCUUGCUGGGGGCUGAGUGUGGCCUGAGGGACAGGCCCUGGGUCCCGGGAUGCCCUUGCCCGAGCCCAGCGAGCAGGAGGGCGACAGCGUGAAGGCUGGCCAGGAGCCGUGCCCCGAGCCAGCCACGGACGUCGUCCCGGCAGCCCCCAGGAAGUUCUCCAAACUUGUCCUGCUCACAGCCUCCAACCAAGAUGAGGAUGGGGUGGGUUCCAAGCCCCAGGAAGUGCACUGCGUCCUUUCCCUGGAGAUGGCUGGCCCUGCCACCCUCGCCAGCACCUUGCAGAUCCUGCCAGUUGAGGAGCAGGGAAGGGUGGUCCAGCCAGCCCUGCAGAUGCCUGAACAGAAGUGCAGCAAGCUAGACACAGCAGCCCCUCAGUCCCUGGAGUUCCUGAGGACACCAUUCGGGGGCCGCCUCCUGGUGCUGGAGUCCUUCCUGUACAAGCAGGAGAAGGCUGUGGGGGACAAGGUGUACUGGAAGUGCCGCCAGCAUGCUGAGCUGGGCUGCCGGGGCCGGGCCAUCACCCGAGGCCUGCGGGCCACAGUGAUGCGGGGCCACUGCCACGUGCCCGAUGAGCAAGGCCUGGAGGCCCGGCGCCAGAGAGAGAAGCUGCCCAGCCUGGCCCUGCCAGAGGGCUUAGGAGAGCCCCAGGGUCCUGAGGGCCCUGGAGGCCCAGUGGAGGAGCCACUGGAGGGGGUGGGCCCGUGGCAGUGCCCUGAGGAGCCAGGGCCAGAGCCCACUCCUGGGCUGGUGCUGAGCAAGCCAGCCCCGGAGGAUGAGGGACCCCGAGCCCUGUCACUGCUGAGCCUGCCGCCCAAGAAGCGUUCGAUCCUGGGGCUGGGACAGGCCCGGCCCCUCGAGUUCCUGAGGACAUGCUACGGGGGCAGCUUCCUGGUACACGAGUCGUUCCUCUACAAGCGGGAGAAGGCUGUCGGGGACAAGGUGUAUUGGACCUGCCGGGACCACGCACUGCACAGCUGCCGGAGCCGGGCCAUCACCCAGGGACAGCGGGUGACCGUGAUGCGUGGCCACUGCCACCCGCCCGAUAUGGAGGGCCUGGAAGCCCGGCGGCAGCAGGAGAAGGCCAUGGAGACACUGCAGGCUGGGCAGGACGGCCCUGGGAGCCAAGUGGACAUGCUGCUCCGAGGUGUAGAUAGUCUGCUGUACCACAGGGGUCCUGGUCCCCUGACUCUCACCAGGCCCCGGCCCAGAAAGCGAGCGAAGGUCGAAGACCAGGAGCUGCCAACCCAGCCGCAAGCCCCGGAAGGAUCCCUGGACGAGGACCAGGACGUGGAUGCAGACCCUGGAGGCCCUGAGUUCCUGAAGACGCCCCUGGGGGGCAGCUUCCUCGUGUACGAGUCCUUCCUCUACCGGCGGGAGAAGGCAGCCGGGGAGAAGGUGUAUUGGACCUGCCGAGACCAGGCCCGCAUGGGCUGCCGCAGCCGCGCCAUCACCCAGGGCCGACGGGUGACUGUGAUGCGUGGCCACUGCCACCCACCCGACCUGGGGGGCCUGGAGGCCCUGAGGCAGCGGGAGAAACGCCCCAACAUGGCACAGCGGGGGAGCCCAGGAGGCCCGGAGUUCCUGAAGACGCCCCUGGGGGGCAGCUUCUUGGUAUACGAGUCCUUCCUCUACCGGCGGGAGAAGGCAGCCGGGGAGAAGGUGUAUUGGACCUGCCGGGACCAGGCCCGCAUGGGCUGCCGCAGCCGCGCCAUCACCCAGGGCCGGCGGGUCAUGGUCAUGCGCAGGCACUGCCACCCACCCGACCUGGGCGGCCUGGAGGCCCUGCGGCAGCGGGAGCGCUUCCCCAACCUGGCACAGUGGGACGGUCCAGAACCCCUCCGACCCCUGGAGUUCCUGAGGACUUCCCUGGGGGGCAGGUUCCUGGUGCACGAGUCCUUCCUCUACAGGAAGGAGAAGGCGGCCGGGGAGAAGGUGUACUGGAUGUGCCGGGACCAGGCUCGGCUGGGCUGCCGCAGCCGCGCCAUCACCCAGGGCCACCGCGUCAUGGUCAUGCGCAGCCACUGCCACCAGCCCGACCUGGCAGGCCUGGAAGCCUUGAGGCAAAAGGAGCGGCUCCCCAGCAAGGCCCAGCAGGAGGACCCAGAAAAGAUUCAAGUUCAGCUGUGUUUCAAGACGUGUCCUCCCGAAAGCCAGCCAAUGUAUGGGGACAUCAAAGACGUCAGAGUGGACGGCGAGUCCCAGUGAGGUGACACAGGCAGAGGAGCUCUGAGCCGCCCACCCCAGGUGGCUUCCCAUCCACACGGGCACUUCCCACACAGUUCGGUUUGCUUGGCAGAAACUUCUUUUCAUUCUUCCAAAGCAUCGACGGUCUUCGCAUCUCCUCAGGGCGUCUCCUGGGAGGAAUUCUUGGAUGGUGUCCUUGUGUCGGUGGAGAACAGUGCUCAGAGCUGGCACUUGCAGACUCGAGUGUCGUGGGGCAGGGCGGUGGCGCCUUCCUGACUUUUGAAGGUCGUGACAUAGUAGCUUGGACACAGACGCCCCUGCUCUCCGGCCACAGCACCCCUGGGUUUGCAGAGCAAGCAGCCUUCCCAGGGCUUUCCACCUGGCGAGGCCGCGCCCUGCUCAGCAGUGUGAAUGCCUGGGCAGCAGGGGCGCCUCCCCUUCUGUCAGGCAGCUUCACAGAGCAGGGCUUCACCAGUCAGAGGGAGCAGUCUGGAGAAGCAAGAUGACCCCACCGGGACUGCAGAGCCUCCUGCUUACUAACAACGACCCGUCCUCAGCUGCGAGGUCCCUCACUCCCACCCUGUAAUUGUGGGGGGAGUGGCAAGUUGGCCACGGAGCCCAUCAUCCACUGCAAGGCUGUGACAGCCCGGGCACCCCCGCUUCUCCUCUGCUUGUACGGUUCCCCCAAUAAAUCCUAUUUUCCACCUCACCGUGUGGAGCUGGUGCUUGUUCACAUCCCCCUUGCUGCAACAGCUGGCCGCCGUGAAGUCACGCCCCACCAUGUCUCCACGCCAGUGCCCAGCAGGAGACCGCCCACCAUGCCUGGGUAGUUAUGGUCACCUGGCCCAGAUGUAACCUGGACCAAGAAUGGAUGGGGACACCUGGAGUUGGGGCCUCUAGAGGGACUGCUGAGGGGCCAGCUGCAGCCCAUGGUCUCUCCCAGGCCCGAUGGGGCAGGUCAUGUUGCUUAAAGAGGCGGGAUGCUCUGCUCUGGCCAUUAGCCUGAGUUCCCCCGGACUCAUUUGCAUAAGCCUGGGCAAGUGGCACCCUUGGGCCAAGGGCAGACUUGCCCACCUGUCCAUCCUUUGCCGAUGGCAGAGGACACAGGACACAGUGGCUGCGCUUCGGGCGGUGUUCGUGGCCCUGAAGCAUCCUGCCCUGAGGCUGAUCGAACCACCCCCAGCUGGACUCAGGGCAAGAUCCAGUACUCCAAUCCCGACUCCCACUGUGGGUGCGAACGUGCACGCCCGCAGGAGGCAGCCAUGCCCAAGGAAGGCAUCUGCUGAAAGAUGGUCCAGUGCAUGCCACCACCAGCUGGACCUCUGGUCAGGCUCCCUGCAGAGGGGGAAGCUCCACACGUGCCCAAGAUACAAGAGAAACGCCUGGGUCACCGCAGCCUGAGUCACUGCAGCCUCUGCUACCUGCCAAGCCUGCGCCCUCUGCACCUGUGGGCUGGUUGCCUCCGUGAUGGGGCCUCCGUGGCCAGCAUCUUCCUGCCAUGGUCACAUGAUGCCAUGCCCUGUCACCUUGGCUGGGCUCUGGGCACCCCUAAGUGGGUAUGAGGCGAGUCAGAGGAAGGAUAUCAGCUUCUCUUCCCUUUUGGACAUUUGCGUCAUUGACCGGGCUGGCCCACUCUGCCUCUGCCUCGCGUCUGCUUUGACCUUAGAGGACAGAUGGCAGCCCACGUUGCUGGGCUGAGACUCCAAUGUACGUGAAUUUGGAUGAUGCUGUUGCCUUGGGCAGGUUCAAAGCCACCAACCUGCACCCUGGUGGCCACUCAGCCAUGACAAGGACCUGACAGCCACUACGUGAGCUUCAGAGCCUUCAUUUGGAAAGUUCCAGAGCCACCAGAUAGCCCCUGCCCAGUCACUGUCACAGAGUUAAAGCGUGCUGGCUGCGGAGUGUGCAGCCCAGCAGCGGCUCAAGCGGGGCAGCUCCUGCUUCCAGCCCUGGCUCUACUGGCGCUUCGCCCAUAAACCCUACUGUGUGCCAUCUGCACCACGUGGUGUGUGCCGGUGCCCUUUGACGUGACAGUGCCAAUAACGUCUCAUGAAAUUUAAAGUAAAUUUCCAAGGCAUCAGAAAGGUA